UAGUAGGAAUAAUGGCGGCCAUCGACAAGGCCGUGGAUGCAAAUCCAACUCCUCAAGUUGGGAUUAAAGAUUUAAUUGAAGCUCCUCCGCAAGUCAGCAAAGAGAAUGCGAAAGAGAGUCCCCUGGGAAACCUUCUGGAGAAGCUGCGUGCAAAAACAAACCAGUACAAGCCAUGGGGGGACAUGGCAAAGGCGCUUCGAAUGGCCCUCACAGAAAAACAUCACCUCAUAGAUAACACUGAGCGGAGCCAACUACAAAGAUGUUUGGACACGAUACAGAAGUCAAUGAAAGUCUCUUCCAUGCAGGGUAUGGUCGAACGACUAGAUACCAUCACACGUCAGCAGGGGCUGAUCUUCAGUGCUGGACCAGGGACCCAAGAGUGCUUCAUCAGUUCUGACAUGUUCUAUGUUGAAGUGCUCCUGGAGCCUUCAGGGGAAGUUAGAGACGUCAAAAUAUCUCAUCAUGGUGAUCCAGUGAGCUGCCCUGAAUUGACUGAAGUACUCAGGCAUGGUGAUUUUGCCGAAUUUACUAGUCAUCUCGAAGGCCUUGCAUCUAUUUAUCAACUGAAUGCAGAUAAGAAGCAGAAGACAAAGGCAUACCUUGCACUCCAAGCCUUGGAAACUGACCUGAGCAUACUGUCGCAGUUACAGAGUUUCAUGAACGAGCCCAGUAAUCUUGUACAUAAGUCUCCAGUGGGGAUCCUACAACCCAGGAAAGGGGGCCAUCCCAUGAAGCUAACUUUCUUCAUCUCACCGUAUGACCUACUCGACCUUGAAAGCCGAUCAUCAAUACCACUUACGGUGGAUGCAAUAUUGGAAAAGCAAUUGGGUCACUCGGUAUUUGUAUGCAUCGAGAGCUCUUCCGCACAUAAACUGCAGACUGUGUCGCUCAUUACUGUCACAGUGCAAGAUGGGAAGAGCCUGCCAUCAUUUGCUGCUCUGAGUAACCUCAACAGUACUACUCUUCCGGCUAGUUUUGUAUUGAAACUGCCAAAGCCGAUUCCCAUGGCUCUUGUGCUCGUUCGGAAAAUACAAACCGUUACCAAUAUUGAAUGUGCCGACACCACUUCUUGUCAGCCGCUUCUGUCCUUAAUUAUAACGCAAGCAUCAGACGGAAAAUUGAGCGGGUCGUCAGACAGGGGACUUAACGUGACGUUGCCAGAUCAACACCAUUGCUACUAUCUCACCGGAAGUUCCGAACUACAAGGAGUAAUGGUGUCAGGGGUGCCAUUCACCCAUCCAACUCAUGUGCCUCAAAUCCUAGUGUUCCUGCGGCAGCAGCUUCUCUUCAAUUCCCUCAUUGCAAGCUGUGUUCGUCCCUCCAGCAGGCAAAAUCUGAACUCUUCGCACAAGUUUGAAGUAAACACCACCUCCAUAUCCAACAUCAGUAUUUCAUUUGAGCAUCCCCUCGAUGAAUCUUUAGCAACAGUUGACCUCAACCUGGAUGAAAUAACGAAUGUCAAGUGCCGCAUUUACACGUUGAAUAGUGACAUCAACAUUUGCACGGACGAGUAUGCAAGCAAAGUCGUACAGCGAUGCCUGUCAAUCCCAGUAACGAUGCGUGCCGUCAUCCGCAAGGCUCAAGGACAACAGAUGCGCCUCUCAAGCCAGACAGACUCGUACUACAGUGCCCUGAACAGCAGUGGUCCUUCCUACCUUCCGCACCUACCCGGUUACGGGGGAGGAGGGACAGCCUUUGGUGGGGGAGGGAGUGGGGGCGAUUUUGGGACUAACGGACCGUCCAAAGUAGGGGGAACCAAGACGGCGGCGGACGGAAACGUGGAGCCCGAAUCGCCGCUAGGGGACCUCGAAGCGUACGACGUGGGAGACCAGCAGAGGGGCGGCACCCUGGGCAACAUUCUCGGGCAGACCGGGGGCAACUUUCCCCAGGGGAAAGGGGGCGCUCCCAACAUGAUGCUGAUGAGCAUGCUAAGCGACGUUCCGGCCGCAAACUCCCCGACGCAAGCAGUGGCGUUUCCUUUUUUAGGCCAACCUAAGCCUCGGAAACAGAGGAAAAGGAAAGGGACGUUGGACGGCAGGAGCCCCAAGCGCAAGCCGAGCGAGGACGAGGCUCUCUCUCUCACACCUUGUGACCUGGAUGACACAGGCGGGUUGUCCUUACAGUUCGAAGGCACCGCAUCGCCAUUCCCCAAGAUGGAAAACGUUCUUCACGGGGAGCCUUUUUUAGAGUCAGAGGCGGGGCAGGGGAAGAUGCCGUCAUCUCUCCUGAACCCCGCUGAAUCGGGCAGCGCUGACGGCUUCUCCGGGUCCCAGGGUAGCGACUCUUUCCUCGCCUCCCACGGGGACGGCUACUUCCCCACGGGCGAGGGUGCGUCGGGAAUGGCGUCCGGCAGAGAAGGAGAGACAGCAGACGGCGGCGAUCAGCUGAGCUCACGCCUGCAGUGCAGGAAGUUGAAACGGCUGAAAAGCGACGACGGGACGCGACUCGACAUGCGGGAAGAGUUGAAGCUGGAAAGGGAGGGCUCACGAUCUCUAGACAGCGGGCCAAAAAACUUGCAUUCCGGUGGGGACCUCGAGAGGGUGUCCGCGCAGGGCACCAAGCCCCGCACGGGGUCGCCACCGGUCACGAGCUUCAAGAUAGAAAAGUCGGGGGAUGGACUCAAGAUUUCUAAGUCAGACGGCAAGCCUUCCAAGGCGAAGGACCUGGAUGCGAGAAAGAGAGCCGACGCGAGGAAGGAACGCAAGCGAAAGAGAAUGGAAGAAGCAGAGCUGACACCAGAGGGACAGGUGGCAGUGCUGCAUGGCUUGCCUCCAGACGCGGCCCAGAUCAGCCUCGACAUGGAUGCAGGAGGUUCGUUCAACCUCAGUGCGAAGGCAUCUCAAGGACCCAUAAGGUCCAUCCCGGGCAACAAAAAGUCAAGUGGUAGUGCAAGCCCAUCCGUCUCAAGCGGGCAGAGGCAGGAGAAGCUGACAAAACCGUCUCCGCCUGGGGUCCAGGCUAGUUCGACGUCGCAAAAGCUGUCGGACCACGAGAGAAAGUCGCCAGUGCCCUCAUCUGGAAAGAGCCAGAAGCACAAGUCGGGAACAGUGCCACAGAAAAGUAGUUCAAGUGGAACCAACUGUACGGGAAACCUAGGUUACGUCUCUCCUGUUCACGGUGGUGCUUCUACAGGGCCUUCCCCGUCGAAGCUUUCCGUCACCAAGUCAGGUUCUUCGUCAGCAUCUGCUACUCUUAAAUUAAAAAAUAUAAAUCUACCUUCCUCGACCACCAUAACCCCCGUCGCAGCAAAAUCGUCACCCGCCCUUCCGUCUCCAACUUCAUCGGCGCCCCCCAGCAUCACCAUAAUGCCAGCGACGUCAGUUACUUCAGUUCCUUCUGGCAACAACAUGAGCAGGCCUCCAAAAUCAAGGAAAGGAUCUCUCAGUGCUGUGAUUGCAAAGCUCACCAACACAGCAGCAGCUCCGGUUGCAAUAGAAGCACUGCCAAAAGUGGAUCCCGCCUUCAGGGUAACCGAAAAGAAGGAUGGGGCAGUUACAGUACCAAAAGAUCUCAAGGAGAAGGAGGCAGCUCAGAAGAACCCAGAAGGAAAGAUGAAGUACACCAUCUCUGAUCAGUUCACAGUGAAGCAGGGAUCCGGUAUCAAACUGACCGUUACGAAGACAUCUGGAGUCUACAAGUCCUCGAGUAAAACAAAGACGCAAGUUUCGUCUUCCAAGGCAGGACUGUCUUCACCAAAAGUCAAAAGUUCAAGCAGUCCCAGCGGAGCCACAAGACUUAUGGGAAAUCCGGGCACUCUACCGAGCAAGAAGUCACCGUCCUUAUCGUCGUCGUCAGUCAUGCCAGCGACCACUAAGACGAGCGGGCAAGGAAAAUCGAGCCACUCGCCGCAGAGGACUUUUUCACCGAGUACAGUACAACAGGUCCAGUCAUCGUCUGCGUCUCUGUCCACCAGGGUAACGAGCAGCAGCAGCAGUAGCAGUGGAGGAGGCAGCCCGUCACUAACAGCAAUGUCAGCCUCAAAGGUGCAGACGACUGUACCUAAACAGAGCAGUUCAUCAGGCCCCAGCAAAACGAGCCCUUCAGUUCGAAGUGCCGAGAAGAAACCCGAGCCUGCCCGAGCGCUAACACCUACAGAGAAGGUCUCUUCCACGCUGGAAGCCAGCCUCAUGCCCCCACCACCACAAGUUGGCACCACGCCAAAGGAAGAGCUCGAAGAAUGCUUUCGUUCCUCCGUAACGAAACCCGAUGCGCCGCCUCUUGACCAGUGGCCGCUAACAAAGCCGGCAGAGCUGCUCGUGCCCGGAGAUCUUCCAGAGUACGACGAGAAAAUCCCUCGAGUGAGCAGCAGCACCGAUGCGAGGCCCAGCAGCGCCACCAAGAACGGCCCCGAAAACGCAGUUUCCUCGGACUUGGCACGGUUCGACCUCAUCUCUACGACGCUGGAGGAAUCUGUCGCGGCCUUUAAGGCGCAGCGGCCUCCCAAGCCAAAGGACAGCGAGGAGAGCAGUCCGGAAGAUGAACUCGUGAUAGACUUUCCCGAGUUGGUGGACAGGAAAGGGGCCUCGUCGCGGGGGCAGAGUCCCAAGGUAGACGGAGGAGCCCAGGAGCCGCCGUUGCCGACAAAAGCCGUUGUGUCCCCCGGAGCCAUUCUGGGUGCUAAGUCACCCUAUUUUGCGCUGGCAUCACCCCUGAAGUCCCCCCAGGUGGGAAGCCCACCGUCAAACCAUUCUGUUUCGAGCUCUAUCUCGCGGCCUUCGCCGUGUGUCAUUGACGAUGACUUGAUGGACGAAGCCAUUGUGGGGAUCAGUAAAUAGCAGUAGCAUCAGAGGGCAAAAAUAAGCACCUGCGGCUUAAAGUCGGCUUAAGUCGGGCUUAAAGCAGUGGCUUCCCGAGGGGCUCAAACAACUCUCUCUAUUUUCGUUGUUGCACUUACGUCAAGCAUUUUGGGAGCUUGCAUCAGCAGUUACAUAAUUCAUUGUAAAUAUACCAUGUCAUUUGUCAUCUGUAUCAAGUGCACGUCAUACUGUCCAUGAAUUCACGAGCAAUUCUGGAAGAACCCUCGGGACUUUCUGCUGUGCGUAGAAAAACGUUCCGCCGAUCAUUACUGCACACAUUUUCAUUUUAUUUAAACAUUUGUUGGUAACUAUAGAAGUUUCAGACUUUGUGUCGUAGCACCUGGAUUGCAAUGGUACUGCAUUGCUAGAUUCUGCGCUGUAAAUAGAUUAGUUGGGUAAGUCUGACGGGCGUUUGUUUACACAGAGUCAUUUGCAUUUACAGAUAAUGGAGGGAUGUGCCUCGUGAUGUGCUGGUUGCAGGUUCUCCCGUCUUGUUAAACUUUAAGAAGUUACCAGACUUUUGGUGAUUGAUGUGAAUAACGUAUGAGACAACGUGGAAUACAGUUACAUUGCACGUGGCCCAUGCUUGCCUCUCUUCGUUCACAGCACUUAUAGGGGACAUGCUAGAUACAGCCAAACAUUGCUCUGCAAACGCUUUGGUUGCCCUUUCUUCCUUUCUUGUUGGGUUCUAGUGUUGAGGUUAGGCCCUAACCAUUACCGUAAUAGAAGCAGAAAUACCCUAAUUGUUAGGGUAUUUCUGGCACUUGCAACGCUAUUUAACAUGGUCAAGAUGCAGUUCUGAAGGCUGCCAGUGCACUGAAUUCAUUGCUUACCAGCUAGUUUAUGGUAUGGGUCACAGUCCGAUUCUUGAGAAUGUAAUGUUAUUCUUAACCAUGUAAUGAUCACUCCUGUAGUCUGCACACAAUACCACGGGCAAAUUAGAGGGGAAGAGUGUAAGCACAGACGUAUCCUCUAGCAGCAAUGCUCUGUUUCCAGAACACAAAUUUUCACAUGGUGCAAUAAAUCUGAUGCUGUUAUAGAGUAGCUCGGAGACGUAAAUGUGAAAUUAUUGCAAGCUGAAUUUGGUAUUGUGUGCUUGGGAGUCGCAGGAAAAGUGCUGUGGAUGAAAGCAACUGCAGCUUGAUAAUUAACGCCAUACGCUUUGGCUUGAACAUGUAAGUAUUGUACAUUCAUGUCGUAAUCUCUUCACACAUGAAGGAAAGCAUUUCAGUGUAGCUGUAACACUUUGAUGAAAUGUGUACAUAUACCAACACAUUCAUACAUAAUAAAAUAUUUAUAUAUUAUCA